AUGGCUGAAGGUAUUGUACUCACACUGGUUGUGCUAACAAUCCAACAGGAUACAAAUUACUGUGAAGAUAAUUUGUGUCGAUUUCAAAAACCUCAUAUUGCCUGCAAUGCAUCCUCUUCCUUCGAGCCAGAAUGUGGCCCAGAAGCUUACACGGUUAUGAUGAACUCGUCCAACAAGGCUUUAAUUAUAAAUCUACACAACCAAUACCGGAGCAAAAUUGCUCGGGGUAAGCAAAACUUCACCAGUGGAGGUUUCUUACCGCCUGCCGUUCGGAUGCCCACAAUUCAAUGGGACGACGAGUUGGCAUACAUUGCAGCAGCGAACACUCGGCGAUGUAUCUUCAAGCACGAUAACUGCCGGAACACAGCCCAGCUGAUGGCGGUUGGGCAAAAUCUGGCGUGGAUUUCCUACUACGGCAUGGUACUUACGGAUGCCGACUUGAUAACGCAAAUGAUCAACAAUUGGUACGGUGAAUACGCGUAUGUGAAUCCAAAAAUCAUCAAAAGAUAUCCGCGAGACUACCAGGGACCAGCGUUAGGGCAUUUUACGGCUAUGGUGGCAGAUCGUUCCGAUCGAAUCGGAUGUGCGAUGAUCAGUUUUGAAGAUUCCCCCUGGCUAAGAAAAUAUCUGGUUUGUAACUAUUCCAUCACGAAUAUCUUCGAUCAACCUGUGUACAAGAUGGGUAUCACAGCAUCGAAGUGUGCAACAGGACAGAAUCCUGAAUAUCCUGGUUUGUGUAGCGUGAAUGAAGAGAUUAACUCUAAUCCAUUUUGA